AUGGGAAGAGCCGACGCUGCUGUCACUAUCAGAACUCGCAAGUUCCUUACCAACCGUUUGCUCCAACGUAAGCAAAUGGUCGUCGAUGUCAUUCACCCUGGACUCGCUAACGUCUCCAAGGAAGAACUCCGUUCCAAGAUUGGCAAGAUGUACAAGUCCGAGAAGGAAGUUGUCUCUGUCUUUGGUUUCAAGACCCAUUUCGGUGGUGGAAAGACCACUGGUUUCGCCUUGAUCUACGAUAACGUUGAAGCCCUCAAGAAGUUCGAACCCAAGCAUCGUCUUGUCCGUAUCGGUCUUGCUGAAGCCCCCAAGGGUGGUCGUAAGCAACGUAAGGAAAAGAAGAACCGUGAGAAGAAGUUCCGUGGUGUCAAGAAGGCAAAGAAGCCCAAGAAGGAGUAA